UGGUGACAGAAAUGUGUGCCUCCUGCCUGAAGCCUGUGCAGCCCAUGGAGAGUGUGGGCACUGGCAGGCUCCGUGUGCACCACUCGUGUUUCUGCUGCCACGUCUGCGGGAGGAAGCUCAGCUUGCAAAACUAUGCUGCCCUCCACGGGGAGUUUUACUGCCAAGUCCACUACAAGCUGAUGGCUGGGGCUGGAAGCAGAAGUGAGAUGGAAAGGCUGGAGCACCACCACCUUCAGCAUGGACCACAGCCCCAGGACUGGUGUAACAGAGCCAAAAAGACUGAAACAAGAGAGAAACCCACAUCCUUCAAUGCACAGUGUGAUCUGCAGCUGGCUGAGCACAGGAGCAGCAGGGCUGUCCUCUUAGGGAACAAGCUCAGAACAGUCUGGCCACCUUCAGCACCAGCCUUGGCUGCAGAUGGGAAGGCUGGAAAUGGAGUGAGUUCCUGGAAAAAGCCUGCACUGAGCCUGCCAACCCACCAGGCUGCAGGCAGCAGGGCAGGCAGGAUGGCAGCAGUGGAGAAGGGAAGAUUCUUACCUGGAAUCACCAAGGAAAGAGAGCAGCUGCAUUCCUGGCCCAAGAACAGAGAGCAGAGGGGCCGUGAAGGGGCUGGGGAUGGGGAUGGGGCUGUGCCUGAAGGGAAGCAGGGUGGGAAGGUGUCCCAGAGGGUGGCUGCAAUCCAGCAGGGCCAAGCCCAGCUGAAGAGAGGAGCUGCCUGUGCCUCCCUCCCUGCUGUCCUGGAGCCUGUGAAACCCCUGCCUCGUGCCUCGCUUGCUCCCCACCCCACCCACCAAAGCCCUAAACCCACCCCCAGGAGGUACCUGGGGGGCACAGGGGGCUGCACUCCUGCUGCCACUGAGGCCCCAGUGACGCACAACAAGGUCUGUGGGUCACUGAGCACACCCAGCAAAGCAGGCACAAUCACACAUGACAAGCCUGGACUGAUGGUAGCCACCCCAGACACUGCAGGGGCCAAGCAUCACCUUGGAGAGGGAACGAACAGCACACAGAACAUUCAGGUGCCAGGAGAGCCCAAAAACAGAAACACCACAAAUAUAGAGCUAAAAUAUAGAGCAGAGGAUGUUGAUCCCUCUGAAAAUGAAGCUGAACAAGCCCAUUCCCCCUCUGAUGUGCUGAGGACCUCUUCUGUAUCUUCUGGUUCCCUGGAGCCAGGAGGGCUGAGUGUGUCACCUGAGAUCACUGAAAUGUUGAAUGAGAAAUCAAAAACCAAAGAAUUCCCUGGGAAACAGAUGCCAUUAACUUUGGGGGAAGCUAUGCAGCCAUCCAGCGUAAGUGAUUUUUCUGGAAUUGAGAGCAAAGGGGCAGAAUUUGAGAAGACAAAAGAAAAGAAACCAGUAACUAUGUCAGCAUCUCUGGAAGAGCCCAGUCCUGAGCAUACAUCUCAGGAAAAUGAAGCUGAAAAGAGCAGAGUCUCUUCAUCUGUUUGUCCAGACAGGACAGAUGAUCACAAAGUGUCCUCCUUACAAGAAACAGAACCUCAGGACACAUGUGGCCACCUGAAAAGUAACACUCAUGAGGGUAUUUGGAGACAUGAUACUAAAUUAUCUGGAAAGAAUUUUCUAUCAACAGACACAGCUCUGAAAGGAGCUUGUGCCACUUGCCCCUCACAUGAUGAAGGCAACAACCCCAAGUCAAAGGAUUCCAGGGAAGUUCUUAGUGAAAACACCUUGCACAUCUCUGAGCAAGCAGCCAAGACAUCAGAAUAUUCCAAACCAAAUACAUCCUUGGACAAAUCCAGAGACUAUCCAGUAGGUGAAGAAAAAGUGGAUCUGAAACUUCCAGGGGAAAGCACUGUGCCUGUGCCACAGACUGGUGCCCAGGGCAAGGAGGCCAGAAGCAGCCAAGCCUGUAGAGAGACAUCAGGUAAAGGUUUCAGGCUUGGGAAAAACCCCCUCAUUACCCUUUUUGGCUCUGAAGACAAAGGCAGAACUCCCAGGAAAGAAACAACAACCCAGAGGAAACCCACAAAACCCCAAUCAGCUCUGGCCACUUUGUUUGGUCAAUCCUCAGAGAAGAAGCAGAGUCCACGAGAAAAACCUGUAAAUAGUGAUGGCAGGACAGAAAAGGCUCAGAGUCUCCUAAGCUCCUCCAGCCAAGCAAAGCAAAAUGCCUCCAAGGAUGAUCAGCCUGGAAAGAUGGAGGUGUUCCCAAAACACAUCCAGGAGAGCUCUGGAGGAUUCCCAGGCUCUGCUGAGGGCAAGGAGACUGAUGUUCCCAGCACUGCCAUGUCCCAUGGUGAUAAACAUGACAGAACUGAACUUGACAUUCAUGACCAAGUGUCUUUAAAUAGUCAGGUUUGGCAGCAGCAGGAAAGCUGUUGGCCCCCUCUCAUGCCAGCACAGAAAAAUCAGAAAGAAGCUGCAGGAAUCUCAAAUCAUGGAGCAAACCCUCUACAGCUUCCUCCAGAGCUUGUGCCUGCAGCUGACAGCAGCAAAAAUCUCACCAGGGAGGGGAAUCACCAUGAUGCUCAUCUGCCAGGAACCCAGAACCUGUUGAGUUUGGAUGUCCAGGACACAGUGGCACAGGAUGGGAUAUUUUUUUUACCAGGCAAUUCAGAAAAGUUACCCAAGGAUGCUGAGCCUCAGUUUGACAACAUGGAUUUUCUGGGAGGCAGUAACUUGUUCUUUUCUAGAGGACAAGAUUUCCCCAGUAUGGCAAAUAAAACUCCAGAUUCAGAUUUGCAAAACUCAGAGGCAGAAACUCCACCUUUCUUUGAUCCAAAUCCUUCAGAUUUAUUCCAUGAAAUCUCAUCAGAAACCAACACCUCACUAGAGCUCUGGGACACCUCCAGCCUCUCACUUCUUGAUGGGCAGGAUGAGAUUAUUAUCAGAGACCUGGAAGGGAUUCAGGGCUGUGAACUCCUGCUGCAGGUGGAUCCACAAGGCCAGGCUCCAAAGGCAGCAGAAGAAAUGUUUGGAAUGGGUCUCAGUGCUGAAGGCUCCACCAAAAAACAGGAUGACAAUUUGCCCUCAACACACAUGUUCAGCAGCUGUGCUUCUGAAACCUCUAAUCAGGGUGUCUUUGAUCCUUUUGAUGUUGAUUCAACCAAAAUGGGCCAGGUGGCUUCUGAAAAAAUGAACAGGAGCAGAAAAACAUCAGGAGCUGAAGAAGAUUGUGCCAGUCUGUCUUCUGAAGACCUGGAGAUGUUAAAUUAUGACCUUUCAGAGAAGGAGUUCUUUAUAUAGGUUGGAAAAAAAUAAAAGGGGGUAAAAAAAUAACCACACAACCCUCCCUGCAGCACAAUUUAGCUGAUAUGGGACCAAAAGUGAUUCUUCAAAUCAGCUGCACAAUGAUAAGCAAAGAUAAGUGAAAUCACCUUGCCAAGGCCAGAAGGGCAGAGGAGGGAAAUGAACCUUGGUGUCUUGAAGUCUUGGGGUGUGGGGACAUUGCUAAAUCUGUUCUCUUUGUGCCAUUGCACUCUGCUCUUCCCUGACUGUCCUCUGCAUAAAUAUUACAUAACAUAAAUGCUGUACAAGUUAACAAUUAUACUAAUGGUAAACAAGCUUAAGAGAAACUCCAGGGGGUCAAAGAAUGAACUGUGCAUGUGCUAAGCACAUACUAAGCACCUACACUAUUAAAAAGGUCAUACAGCAUAGCAAUUCACGUUUUAAUCAGCUGUCUGUAAAAAAAAAAAGAUAAAGGUGUUAAAAUGAUUCAUUUUUAAUAUAG